AUGUCGGUACCACUCGGACGUGGUCUUUCCGGCGUGUCUCUUGUGACCAAGGACGCCCUGAAGUGGGAAGCGCAAAAACCGCGCGACGGAUGCAUCAAAUCAAAAACAAAAGAGUUUUUGCCUACAGUCUCUGCUGCAGCCUUUACUGGAACCAUGCGCGUUACCAAAAAGACACAGAAGCGUGGAGGUAUUAUUGAUCAUGCGGAUUAGUGGCUUAGGGUUUGACAGCGCAAAAACCACAGGGCUGUGAUAGAGGGGUGUUAGGGAUGCACUCGACAUGUAAGAUUCAUUGCGGUGACUUUAAUACAAGUUUUGACUUUAAGCGGAUGCCAAUACUCUUCACUCAGAAUCCGCUUGUUCAUUCAUUUGUCUUAGUUGUGGAACAAAAGAUAGAAGUACCUUUAUGAUGAAGUUUUCUCAGCUUGUUGUGGAAAAAAAGUGUUUCUCUUAUUACUUUUCCACAGGUCACGUGCCCCCGCUGCACUGGUCGAUCGCCGAAGAAGUAGGUGCGAAUCCUCCUGCCGUUGACGUGCUUGCGUCGCCUCGCACGGUCUUUGAUGAUCACCACGCUACAGCUGGCUCCACCCUUCGGCAGGCUAGUAGUCAUGGCGCAAGUCAAAGUCAAGCUCAACGUACUAGGUCUCCGUCCCGCACCACAGGAGCACUGCUGAUUCCGUUAGAGAAUGGAGCGCCCGAAAAGCGAAAGAUCAUGACGAUGACACUGGAGGAGGUUUUUGAACAUACAGCGUAUGGAGUUGCUUCGCAUCCGCGGCAGCAGCACGGACCAAUUCUCUUAGAGAGUUCAAACUCGAAGGCGAUCGGGAAUGAAAAUGGCCAUGAACAGGACUUUGGCAAUGUUGAGGAUAAAACAUCGAGAGGAGAAGUGUCUCCAAGCGGUCGCAUGUAUUCGAGCCAGUACGGAGCCGGGACAUCGUCACCCUGCUUCCAGCUCUCGCCCCGAGGCCAUAUGGCAGUUACGUUUUAUACCAGACGAGCCGAUGGCAGCAAUGGACAAGGAGGCGCGCAAAGUGGGCGGGCAUCACGACAGCAAGGUCGACGUACUAUUCCUCGUGAAAUAAAGCGUCUUUUUGGUCUACGACAACUCCUUACUCUGGGUAAUGGUGUAGAAGCUGCGGACGGAGAAGUCCGACCCUCUUCGGAUCGCAAUAGCCUGAGCACGGCGGUAUCUGCCACCACUUCGCCAGUCUCUGGACGCAAACUCCACUCUUCAUCAUCGUCUAGAAUUAACCCCACGAAUACGGGAAUAAAGACAUCUUUUAGUUUACCAAAAAUCGUGCAUGGGAAACCUCGCAGCCACGUGGCGCAGCUACUGGCCGAGCAUGGUCUUCAUUUGCCGGGCUCUAAGCUGCAAGGCGUAACUGACCGGAAGACCGCGAAACAUGGUCACAAUACUCAUAAUACUGCUAGUAAGACUAUGGCAGGGACAAUGAGGCGUAACUCUGCCGGUGGUUCGCGAUUCCACAAUUUGGCACCACUCGCCGGCCGAGAUUUUGGUGCGAAAAUUGAGACUGCAGCGAAGAUAGAGGCGGGAGAGUCCAUUUUGCGUCGCGAGGACUUGAUUAGUAAAAGAUACAUCGCGCGCCAUUUUUUCGGUGCAAGCUACGAAAAUGAAACCUUUUAUGGCGGAGGAGAGUCAAACAUGCGAGAACAAGGUGAAGGAAUCCUGCCUACCAAUUACAUGCCAACACAACUACAGCCAGAUCUGUCCGACGUGAAGCUUAUCCACGACACUCCGGACGUCUUAUUUCGCGAUCCGGCUGCAGCCUGGAAAUGGUGGGUGAUGGAGGAAGUCGUUAAUCCUGCACUAAAUGUACAAGCGGCAUCUGCUUCGCAUGGGAUGAAGAAAACUAAUUCGUCCCGACUUCCUUUGGGUCGUGGAAGCAAACACGAAACGGGUGUGUGUCGUCCAGAUCGAGAGGUUUUUGGCUUCUUGAAAAUGCUAGCCGAGUAUUUUCUGAUGGACCCAACGGUACCAGUUUCGUUUCCGCAGCGUCCAUUGGCCGGGUUGUGUGGCGCCUUGUGCAACAAGGGAAAUACUUUGCAGCCGGAGUUUGACCUGGGGGUGUCGACAGAGCAGUGCCUCGCGAUCUCUGGACUCGCCGAAAGUGUGCGUUUGCUCGCGAAAAAAGGUCGUAACCGCGAUCUACAGUUUGUGGCGCAAGUUCUGAAGCUCUCAUGCAUCAAGCUCACGAAGACUCGCGCUGCUGCAUCCUCGUCUUCUGUUAGUAAGACGAGGAGUACGUCGACGCAAAAGAACCAUAUGAACUCAACAUCAUCUUCCACUUCUUACAGCAAAUCUUCCAGUACCACUCCGGCUGCGGCCUCAAACAAGAUAAAAGCUGAUGAGACGAAAGGAGAGGACUCACGAUUCGUGCAUGACACAAUGAUCUGGGACGCGAUGGAGGAAUUGGGGUCGUCUGUGGUGCACGACCCGACAAAUCCCCAAUUCGCAUACUUGCCUCUCCAACUGAACGUACCGCGUAUACUUGGCUGUUGCGCCAACCUGGCAGCGGGUGUCCGCGGAGAGCGCGACGCUGCCCGCUCUGCUUUGCAGGAUUACAGCAAGUGUCCGGGAACAGCACAGCGAAAAGCAAGCACAAACGGCGAAGAGCGUAGGCGAAUUUUGGAUAGUGACUCACUAACUGUCAUCUCUAGUCUUCUUGCGACUGCGGCGCGUAAAGCGGAGGAGAUUUUUGGCGGGCCAGGCGCUUUGAAGAGCAAGGUAAUAGACAUUUUCAAACAUAGGUAGAUCGAAACGUACUUCAUACAUUUUUAUAAAUAGCUAGUUCUAAGCUUGCUGUUUACUUUCAGUUAUUUACACUUCCGGUUGUAAUGUGCAAUUUGUCCUAGCAAACUCGAUUCCUCUUCCGAAUAUCUUCCUCAGGUGUGGAAGCCUGCCCUCGACGAAAUUUUUUACUUGCUGAUGGCACCGGAGCAACCGGGCUUCGUGUUGCGUGCAGAGUUGCGGCAGCUCUGCCUCCUGCGCACUGCGCCAAGCGACGGCCCCUACCUUGUGGAGGGACUGCUGCUCGGGCCGCCCACAGUUACGGUCGAGGGAGACGCCCCGGAAGAAGGCAAGCAAGGAUUGGUAAAACUGCACGGAGAGGAACAUGCAUCGGCCGCUUCUGGAAAAUUGUUGAGUUAUGUCGAAUGGGCGGCAGCUCUCUCUCAGGCAGAAAAACAGUACUCGCCAGCAGUGCUUCUCUCAGAAGUCGAAUUUCUGCGGAAGAAAGCCGUUGAACAUUACUAUUAAGCACGAAAUUCGAUUUUAUAGCUUAAGCUGUCAUUCAUUUGUUAAAAGCGCGAAGCGUCAGGUGAAGAUAUCAAAGUCGCUUUGCAACUGCACUUUAAUGUUUUUCCUGAUCGAAUGCCUAGAACCAUAACUAGUCGUUUGAUUUUUUAAUAGGUUCUUGGUUCCCAUCUUCAGUGGAGUUGAUCUUUAGUCAUGGCACUCGACUGUCUGACGUUGUGCUCGUACAUUAAACACGUUCCAAAUUUAUUACUCUUUUUUUGCCUGAUUCGUUGGUUCUUGCAACGAAGACUUUGCAACAAAUCUGAGAACAAAACG